GGAGGAGAGGGAGACUGCGGUGUUGUUAGUUUGAACAAAAUGGCUGCGAGACCACUGUCAACGAGAGCUCACUGAACGCCUACCAUGACUGUCCGCUCCGCUGUCUGGAUCCACACAGAAUGUAUUUCCCCGGAGUCGUUUCUCACUUUGCAUUCGCGGUAGCCAGCCCGUCGCUAGUCGUCCAGCUGGCGACCUAAACAAAACAAACAAACAGAAAAAAACCCAUUUAUUUUGCACUUUAAAACAAGUUGGCUGGCCUGGCCGUCUUGUCUCUAAUACGCGAGAACUCAUCGGCGAUUGUUUUUAGCGAAAACUGCCCGUUUUCUCUCCUGACGGUCGACGACGUACAACGCCAACCGGCGCCAUCGUUAGCUUACAUAUUUUAGCUGCUUUUAAAAGUCAUUUUAUUCGUGUUCGGUUUUUUCUCGUUUUUUCUUGUUUUUGUUGUUAGUGGUGCUUCAUUCGCCUCCCCGCCCCCCAUUAUAUCGUGACGUUUUAACAAACUGUUUAUUCGACGAGUGUAAUUUUACAGCAUAUUUUUUUUAUGCUUCUUUCGGCUCAAAGCAUUUAAUUACCAUACUUGCUGUGUGUGUGUAUCUGGCUGAGUAGCCGUUGUUUACCUCGGUAUCUUGUCACAGAGCUGCUUCAGCGGCAGUCGGCUUAUCUGCCAGGUCUGAUUUUAACUGCGACUGAAAUCUCUGCUCCAUCUCUUUACGGGUAACUUUAGAAAAAAAAACAUCGGAGAAUGAUUUUCUGCAUGUUUUUUUCUGCCAUGCACCAACUCUUCACUGAAAGCUGCCAAAGCUGUGUUAACGCAAGCUGAGAGAAGCUAGCAACAGAAGAAAGAGAACCAUUUGAUGGAAGAAAAGAAAAAGAAAAAACAAGAAGAAAAGACCAAGACGGACGUCGCGCAGAAAAAGGCUGCUGAUCAGAAACCCAAAGUGCCAGAACCUGCUCCCACUAAGCCCAGUCUCGGCCCACCACCCCACCACCUCCACCCCGCCAGCCCUACGCUGCCCCUCUCCUCCUCCUCCUCUUCUUCUGGCAAUGGCAAGCGCGCCUCCUCCAGUAGCCAAGUCUCGACUCAGACUCCCCCUCAGCAGCAGUGCCAGUUGUCCUCUGCCAGUGCUCCUCGCUACCCGCCCAGAGAGGUGCCCCCACGCUUCCGCCAGCAGGAGCACAAGCAGCUACUGAAGAGAGGCCAGCCACUGCCUGCAGGAGCCCUCAGCGCUCUCACCCUCUCCUCUUCCUCUUCCUCUUCCUCCUCCUCUUCGCCCUCAUCAUCUUACUCUACUUCUUCUACGACUACCAGCAGCACUACCCCAAACUCUGCCACGUCCUCUGCAGGCAAACGCCUCCCAGACAUAUCCCUCCAGAGUGGCCCCGUUGCCCAGUAUGAGACCUCUCAUUGGGGAGCCUCUUUGCCAAUUGACAGCCCCUCCAGUGCCAACAGCUGGGACAAAGUGAUUAUUGACAGAAGUGACACAGAAGCUUGGCCCUCCAUCAGUCGCAGUAGUGACUCCAGCCACCCUGCUGCACCAGAAUGCCCCUUAGGCUCAGCUAGCUCUAACCAAGACACCAGCGCUGUCACUACCACCAAUAGUAGUAGUUUUCUGAGUAUGGCCACAGGUGCCGCAGGCCAGCAGGCCCACUACCCCUCUCUCAAAGCUAACAAUAACAUGAUGACAGGACCUGGGUCAGCCAACACAUUAGCGGGUAACAGAGGCUGGGGCUCGGAUGGGAAACAAGAUGGUAUGAAUGGUGGCCGAGUCAUAGCACCCAAUAACUGGGGCUCUCCCAAUUUUAACUUGAACCUCAAUCCCAAUGCCAACCCAUCAGCCUGGCCUGUUCUGGGCCAUGAGGGUGGUGGAGGUGGUGGUAUUGGCCCCAGCGGGAUGUCAAAUUCCCCAUCCCUCCCACCCGGUAUUAAUGGCAACGGAAACAUGGGAAAUGGAAGCCUUGGAGGUGCAGAUAAUGGUGGGGGAGGUUGGGGUGGUAUGAUAAGUGCUAACGAAAAUGAUCAACAGCACCCUUCAAACAAGACAAGCAUGUCUUUCAGUAUGGAACCUGCUAAUCUUAACACUGAUGGACCAAACCACACUAAGCAACAGCAGCAAGCUCAGGAGCCUAUGAGCCCUAUCCAUGGGUUAACUGGCUGGGGAGGCCAGUCACCCACUGAAUCAUCUCAGCUCAAUGGGGACACAACAGGCAGCUCUGUGUGGGGAAGUGGAGAAACCAAGGCAGCUGACUCUCCCAAGGACUCAGGCUGGGACUCAACUCCCUCUGUAGGCCUUUCUGCCUGGGGCCGCCAAGGCAGUGGUGGUGGUAGUAGUGGAAGCGGUGGCUGGGGCGAAUGGGGGAAAUCCUCUGGUGCUGUAGAUGCAUCUAAAGGCUGGGACUCAGUAGACGCUGGUAGUUCUGGUUCUGGCCAAGAGCAGAACCUCAGCUCAUGGGGCCAGCAACCUGGAACAGCUCCAGCAAGUGAGGGUAGUGGGGACAGCAGUGAAGGUCGAUCCAAUCAUAGAGACAGGUCCUCCAGCAUGGAUUAUACUCCUGUGCUACCCCGGCAGGACCUGGACCCUAGGGUGCUGAGUAACACAGGUUGGGGACAGACCCCCAUCCGGCAGCACACUGUAUGGGAGAUGGAAGAAGCCAACUCCAAUGAUGGGAAGAGCAACAGCAGCUCAGACACCUUAGGAGGCUCCAGCUCUAAUGGUGGACCCUCAUCCACAAAUGGUGGAACCAUAAACCCAAACAUUGGCCCUAGCCAGAGGCCUGGGUCUGGAGGAAAAAAUGACAGUGAAGGGUCAUCUUCCUCUGGCUGGGGAGCCCCUCCACCUCAGCCAAUGCAGCAUGGACCAGGAUGGCGGGACACCCCACAGUCACACAGCAAAGCCUCAAAUGGAAAUGGCACUACCAGUGGCUGGGGAGACCAUAUGCCUGCCAAUGAUCCUAGAAAUGGAGGAACUCCAUCCUGGGGUUCUGAGGACAAGAAAUCCAGCUGGGAUGAUGGCCCAAUGAAAAGUCAGCCUUCUGGUUGGGGAGAGGGCCCCAAAAUCUCUCAUGGUUGGGGCAACAGUAAUGGAGCCUCCAACAACUCUAGUACAGGGGAAUGGGGAGAGGCAGAGGUCAAAAACAAUGGGUCCUCCAGCAACAUGUGGGAAGGAGAAGGAGGGAAUGGAGGAAGUAGUGGAUGGAAGGAUAGCCCCAGAGGAGGAAAUAGAGGAGGGGGCUGGAGUAAGCCUGCGCCUACUAUGAGUAAUAGCAACUGGGGGGAAACCCCACGCACCAGUGGCCCAGUGCAGGGAGGCUGGGGCUCUUCAAAGCCCCAGGAAAGCAGUAGCAGCAGCACUGGCAGCGGAGGAGGUGGCAGCAUGGGUUCAUGGGGUGGGCCGGGUUCUGUGAAGCAGAACACAUCUACCUGGGGCAGUGGCAGCAAACAGGACCAGGGCAUGGAGCCCACUGGCUGGGAAGAGCCCUCCCCUCCCUCCAUCCGCAGGAAGAUGGAGAUUGAUGAUGGAACGUCCACCUGGGGCGAUCCCGUUACCUACAACAAGACUGUCAACAUGUGGGACCGCAACAAUCCCAAUAAUAACCCAGGCAACAGCGGCCCGCCUCCCAGUAAGAAUGGUGGAGUGAUUAUCCCCAACAAUAACAACAACAAUCACUCUGUCGGCCCUGGCAACAACAAUCAUCAUCACGCUCACCACAUGCACCAUCAUCCUCAUCAUGGCCAACCCCCAACUCUUCUGCAACACCAUGGAAAUAACAAUGGGUCACCCAGCAAUGGUGCAUCACAUCCAGGUGCACCCCCACCGGGUAGACCCCCCCUCGCCAACCCAGGUUGGGGAGAGCUUCCCAAUGUUCAACCCAAGUCGGAGCCUGCUUGGGGAGAGCCAGCAGCUCCAACAUCAACUGUGGACAAUGGCACCUCCGCCUGGGGCAAGCCGCAAGGGGGAGUGGGAGGAUGGGCAGACAGUGGCCAUGAGCCCUCUGGACCCUAUGGCAGGGCCAAUGGACCCCCGGGUUCUGCAUCCUGCAAGCCAGGCCCCAAACCUAUGCAAGAUAGCUGGGGAAAUGGAGGAGAGGAGAUGGGCAUGUCCACUAGCCAAUGGGACACAGAGGAUGGGGAUAUGUGGAACAGCCCCACCUCUCAGGAGAGCAGCUCCUCUUGCAACUCUUGGGGCAAUGGACCCAAGAAGGGCCCGAGCAAGGGGAAGAUUGUCAACAAGCCAGAUGAGGCUUGGAUCAUGAAUCGUCUCAUCAAACAGCUCACUGACAUGGGCUUUCCGAGAGACCCUGCUGAGGAGGCUCUGAAGAGCAACAACAUGAACCUUGACCAGGCCAUGAGCGCCCUGUUGGAGAAGAAGACGGACCUGGACAAGCGGGGCAUGGGCAUGACUGAUUACAGCAACGGCAUGAACAAGCCCAUGGUGUGUCGGCCCUCUGCACUCUCCAAAGACCCCUCUGACCGCAACGCCUUUCUUGACAAGGAUGGUGUUAUGUCAGAUGACGCCCCCCCAUCACCGUUUCUGCCUUCCCCCAGCUUGAAGCUCCCCCUGGCCAACAGUAGCCUUCCUGGGCAGGGUCUGGGACAAGGCAACCCGGGGCUGGCCAUGCAAAACUUGAACAACAGACAGCAGAUACCCAGUGGAAUGUUUGGCAGUAGUGGAGCAGCACAAACCCGGGCCAUGCAGCAGCAGCAGCCUCCUCAGCCACCAGUGCCAUCUCUCAGCUCCUCCCAGCCUAGUCUACGUGCUCAAGUGCCUCAGUUUCUCUCCCCUCAGGUCCAAGCACAGCUCUUGCAGUUUGCAGCAAAAAACAUUGGUCUGAAUCCUGCACUUUUAACCUCACCAAUAAACCCUCAACAAAUGACUCUCUUGUACCAACUUCAGCAACUGCAAAUGGCGUACCAGCGUUUACAAAUCCAGCAGCAGAUGAUGCAGGCGCAACGCAAUGUUUCCGGCCCAAUUAGACAACAAGAGCAGCAAGUUGCACGUACAAUCACCAACAUGCAGCAGCAGAUCCAGCAGCACCAGCGUCAGCUGUACCAAGCGCUGCUGAUGAAGCAACAGCAACUUCCCUCUCAUUCCUCCUCCUCUUCCUCCUCCGCUGGUCUGCAUCCUCCCGGUGGCCCGGCCGGAGGCCAUGGCUCUGGCAAAUCAACCCUGGACCCCUUCACAGGCCCACACCAGGCUCCGGGCCUCGCCGACACUCUGCACACCAAAGAGCCGCCGUCUUCGCCCAAUGCCUACAGCACCUACCCUCUCUCUGGACUGAAUCCAAACAUGAAUGUAAACUGCAUGGAGGUUGGGGGUAUGUCCCUGAAAGAGCCCCCCCAGCCCCAAUCCCGCCUGUCCCAGUGGACACACUCUAACUCCAUGGACAGCCUCUCUGGCAACUCCUCAAACAUGGAGAACAACCUCAAUAAGCACGGUGCCAUAUCUGCUGCCUCUUCCCUGGGCCCCCCUGGAAAGCCCCCCCAGCUGGAGGACUCAUACAGCCCUUACAAUCUAAUGUCCAGCUCUGAGUCGCCCACCAGCCCUCUUGUGCCCCCAGACAGCUGGGGCCAGGGCAAGAGCCCCAAUGAGAAGAUCUCCAAUGGGACCAACAUUAACUGGCCCCCAGAGUUCUGCCCAGGUGUGCCAUGGAAGGGCCUGCAGAACAUUGACCCAGAGAAUGACCCCAACAUGACCCCUGGCAGCGUCCCAAGCGGUCCCACCAUCAACACCAACAUCCACGACGUCAAUCGUUACCUCCUGCGGGACAGGAAUGGAGGUAAAUUAUCUGACAUGAAGUCCACCUGGUCCCCAGGACCCAUCUCCCAGAGCCAAGCCUCUCUGUCCCAUGAGCUGUGGAAAGUCCCUCAAGGGCCACGCAACACCACGGCCCCUUCCAGACCCCCGCCAGGCCUCACCAACAACAAGCCCUCCUCCACUUGGGGUGGCAACUCACUGGGCCUGUCCCAAGGUUGGAGCGGCUCCUACUCCUCGGAGGGAACCACCUGGAGCACUGACAGCUCCAACAGGACCAGCAGCUGGCUGGUGCUGAGGAAUCUCACCCCACAAAUUGAUGGUUCCACUCUGCGGACCUUGUGCAUGCAGCAUGGCCCCCUGAUCACAUUCCACCUCAACCUGACCCAGGGGAACGCUGUGGUGCGCUACAGCUCCAAGGAUGAGGCCGCCAAGGCCCAGAAGUCUCUGCACAUGUGUGUGCUUGGAAACACCACCAUCCUAGCGGAGUUCGCUGGUGAGGAGGAGGUGAACCGCUUCUUUGCACAAGGCCAGUCGCUAGGGGCAAACACCACUAGCUGGCAGGCUAACCCAGGAACCAAUCAAAACCGGAUGGGGGCAGCACAGUCCCACUCUAUGGGCCAGUGGAGCAGCGGUGGCGGUGGAGGCAAGGCCAGUGGAGGCGACCUUCUGUGGGGCGGGGUGCCCCAAUACUCGAGCCUGUGGGGACCUCCAGGCGGGGAUGAUGCCCGCGUGAUCGGGAGCCCCACCCCCAUCAACACCCUGCUGCCUGGUGAUCUGCUCAGUGGGGAGUCCAUGUAGGGUGAUGCCACGACACACUAACCAACCAACCCAGGACCGCCACCAUGUCAUGUAAGCCAUCGGUGGAGGGUGGCAUGGGGAAAAAAAUACAGGAGCAAAACCCAAGCAAAUCAUGUGGCGAUAAUCAGUAUCAAUUAGAACUGUUAUAAACUGUGAAUAGUAAAUCAGAAGGGUGGGGUCCCAACCACACAGACUAAAGACUCCAGACCUUCUCUUUUACUUUUGUCCUUAUUUUUUUGUCUGGUUUACCCUUUACUGGAAGAAAAAAAAAAGCAUUUUUUUUUCCUUUUGGUAUUGUUGAAAUGCAUCAUAUAAAGACAAACUGAAAUGAGAACACAACACAAAGAAACCUUUUAAGUGUUUUUAGUUUUUCCAUUAGUAUACAUGACAUUCUGUGUGAAGCGUUUUUAGGAGAAGCAAUCAAAGCUGCCAUCUGAGACUUUCCUUUUCCCUCCAAACAAAAAAACAAAAAACAAAAAAAAAAAAUCAUCCCAAAAUAAGACUUAGAACAACCAUUCCCAGCAUGUCCAUGGCCAAUGAUGUGGUUCAAAGACCUUUACUAGUUAAGUUAACGUUUGUUUCUCAGCACUAAUAUUAGCCUUAAGUGCUCUCUGGCCCAGGUCCUUCCCAAGCCGCCUUUUUUUUUUGUUUGUUUUUUAAAGUUUGUUUUGUAAUUGAAGAAAUAGCUGAAAUCUUGCACAGUUUCACCCUCUGAGCCAGCGAGUGGUACAGGACAUGACUGGUGACCAACUCUGUCACUGGGCAGUAAGGAGGCCUGGCCGCGUUGACUGGCCCUACCAAUCAUCAGCUUAAUUCUUUUAAUUUCUCGAAGGGAUUGUCUUCUUUUUUUAGACCCAAGCGCAUUUUUUUUAUAUCUAUCACAACAUAAAAGCUGAGAGAAGAUUAUUUGUCAACCUCACUGCGUGUCUCCGUACAUGUCUAUGUACUGUAUGUCCGGUGGCACCUAAUCAUUGACGUCUACAAUUCCAGAUCCUUCUGGUCACCUUCAACGAGGAACCCAGUCGCUCACGGGGGCUUUGUUGAAUUUUCUAGUGUCCGAUUUUGUUAUGAAGCCCAGCUGUAUGUACGGUCCGCAAGUUUUCGGAGGAAAAAAAGAACACAAUUUCACCUUCAUGUGACAGUUACAUUGUGCAAUAUACACCAUAGACCCUUCUUCCGUCCACACUCUGAUGUCCACCGGAGCUGGUUUCUCUUUUGUUUAUUUUUUGGUUGUUGCUGAUUGCAGCAAAAGACUUUGGAACUUCAAAAAAAAAAAACCUUACCCCCUUUUCAAAACUUGGAUUCCCUCCAGGCCACCGAUCCCCUUGGAAAUUGUUGGGAAAACUCUCUGCAAAGAGGAAGAAAGCAGCUGUUGAAGGUGUGCAUGCAGCAAACUGUACUAGAGAGUGACACUGGGUACACAAUAAUGCACACUUCCUCUCUGCAUGCCACAGCCACACCCAACAGAGACUGAAUUCGCAGCAGGGAUCGGAUGGUUCUGGGUAUCUGGCACAAUACCAAAUAAGAGGGGUUUCUCCUAAUGCAGUAGACCUACGAGUGUUCCUUGCGUUUGGUACUGUACAAACAGAAGAGACUAAGACUUUUAUAAAAUUCAAAGGGUUUUAUCAUAGCACUUAUGAAGAGCAAAUCGCUUCAACUGCAAUCCAAUAAAUCAAAAAAGGAGCAGCAAAAACAUUGAAAACAACAGAAAAAUAUACUGCUCUUAUGUACUAUAUCUAUUCCUUGGAAAUGUGUCUGCCGUUGUUCCUCUGGUAGCAGGAUGAAGGGAAACAAAGCUGAAAUGUACCAUUGGACUUUUGAGGGGGGGAAACUGCAGUUUAUGAUUAUUAUUUUUUUUCCUUCUUUGAACAAUAUCAAAGUGUAUAUCACUGUUUCUCCAAAUGUUUAGCCUUGUUCUGUUUGGAGGCACUAGACUCGCAAUGUCAGCUGUCUCUGACGCCUGCUGGCCAGUCGGGAGUCAGGAAGGGAGUGGGGGGAGCGUCCACCGAGUGCCUCUCUGCUGUGGUCCUCUGGGUGUCAAGCGGCAGUCCCACAGCGCAGCACUUCCUCCUGGGCUCCACUUGACCCUCCCUCGGCUCAGCUCCUCCAAGACAUGGCCAAUCACGGCUCUCCGCCACUCACGGCAUCUCCGACGUGGGAUGGGGUGGGGGGGCCGCCACCGCUCGACCCUGCUGUCGUUCCUGCCCCCUCCCCCAUCUCUCAGUUCUUUGACACAAAGAUCACUUUAGCUGGAAGAUGUUAUAGUCAUAUUUCUGGAAUUUUUGCCAGUGUACUUUAGAUUUUUUUAAAAAGAUCGUUUGACUUUUUCUUUUCAAUGUGUUAUAUUGUUAUUUUUGUCUACAUGCAGUGGUCUACAAAUUACUGGCUGCUGAACUAGCCCUUCACUGUUCAUAUGCAGAAACACUUUGGUCAGAGGUGCCUCUGUAUGUUCAUCCUGUGUAUUGAAUGCAAAACGAGGAUCAAUACUACAGAGCGUUAUUGAUUGUCUAUUUGUUUUUAACUGAUCAUGCUUUUGUGUUUGACAGUAUUCUGUAGUACUUCCAGGUAGUAUCUUGAGAUGUGUAAAAAUAGGGUGUCUCAGACAAGGGGGGGUGUGGGUGUUUGUCGCUCCAAGCUGCUCCGCCUGCCUGCAGGCUGUCCCCCCUUGCCCUUUGCCUAGCUGCUACGCUAUGACCUCCUCUCCUCCUCAUCCACCUCAGACCAGACCCAGUAGCCCUCCCCUGCACCAGGCACCAACAGGCCCUCCUAUCUGUUUCUAUGCAAAAGACUAGAGGCUGGGGCCCUUUACAGCAUGCCAAACUUGACUUGGGAACGAGCACUCCUCCCAGACCUUGGCAAACCCCCUCACCCCCACCCCCCCAAACCCCUGUGCACUUCAGAAUGGCCGCCGUUUCUGUAAAGUCAGGCCAAGCCACCAGAGCACUGUCAUGUACUAAAGUCCAAACACUUUAUCAAAGGUCAGCCUUUCUCUCUGCGCUGAAGACACUUCUGUCCAGCUUGAUCUCAGGGUAGGGGAGUUGAUGAUACCAAGUAUGAGAUGCAGCUCUCCGUAUCUGUCCUUUCUACUGUGAGAGCAAAGUCUUAAAUUAAAAGGCCAUCUGCGCAACUAUAUUUACAGACCUCAUGCCUCGACUGAAUCCUAAUUGGAAGGGAAAAGGCUUGUAUUGAUCCUUUCCUCUAAAGGUGCCCUGUUGUUACUGUUUUGGGGCCCCUCAUUGCAUGUAAAGAUGCCAACGUAAUGUGCCAAUAUAAAUUUGCUGUGUCAUACUGUAUCUUUAUAUAGAGAGCACUUCUGCUCCUGUUUGGAGGAGCUUUGAUAACCUUUGCAGAGGGUGCAGCGGGGGACAGAAGGGAUCAAACAAAUGGGCGGCAGCAUCACACCCUUAAACGACUGAGAUUUUCUUUUUUUUCUUUUUUUUUUUUUUUUAUGGUUUUGUGGGGAAUGCCCCACGCUAAGGAGAAAAUCUUUACUCAGUUGGGGGUUCCAGUUUGCUACAGUGCACAGUUGAUGAUGGGUAAUCCCGGGUACAUAUUUUUUUAAAAACCAAAAAUGAAAUCGCAUUUUAACGUCAUUUUUAUGAAGUUUGACAUAAAAAUCUUAAAAAUGCUUAAAAAAUCUAAAUGAAAAAAAAAGAUCUAUAAUAUGUUAAAGCUCUGCACUUCUAGCUGAAACGUCCCCGGUCAUCAGCCUCUACUACCACCAUCUAAAGGAGUAGACUGGUGGCUGGGGUGCCUUUUUUUGUGGAUGCUGUAUUUAUCUUGUUUUUAUGUUGUGUGUCCUGCUCAAAGCGGGGCCCGCUGAACUGUACAUUUCCACAGACCCAGAUGGCUUGGGCCCACUGUAUCAGCCUCACUCUCCUCGUUCUGCAUCAGCAGGAGGGGAGGGGCACAUUUCAAGAGGUACAAAGUCUUAAAAAAAAAAACAUUUUAAAAAAAGUUUGUAAAAAUUACACAAAAAAAAAAUAAACAAGAAAACGGGAAAAGGCUACCUUUCAGGACUUGCAGUCCUGCAGCACACAAGCAAAAAUCACUAUUGCCUGUUUCUGUAACUGCCUUGAUCCAAGCUCAGACAGACCCAAUAGCCGAGGACCUCCCAGCAUCCUGUACUAACUGGAGAACCCUGACAGUGAAGGGGGUUUCCCAUGCUGCACCAGCAUCGAGAGGCUCUCCUCUCUACAGCUCUGUUCUAGAUAACAGUAUAUAUGUAUACACUACAUAUAUAUAUACGUAUAUACUGUGAGUAUGGUGUGUGGUAUCACCUCUUCAGACUUCUUGGAUCGUAACCUCUGAAACUUUUCUUUGUUGUUUUGAAAGGUCAUGGUUUAAUACAAACUGAAAAUGAGCAAUAUGUAUUUUCCCCGCAAAUAAGUGAUACGAAGGAAAGAAUUCGGGUCGGGUGUGAGCUGAUACUUGAUUGACUGAAAGCAGCGUCUUUCUUAUACAGAGUCAGAUAUGCACGUUCUGGUUUAGGCGACAUAUUACAGUACUUUGAAGUGCUUGUACUGUACAUAUGUGUAUUUGUUUGUUAAUUAGCCUGUCUAAAAAGCCCAGCCCAAGCAGUUGAUAAAACAAAUCACAAACAUAUCAAAACAAAAACAAAAAUAUUGAACACAAAUACUUGAAUCAUGGAGCGCCAAUAACGUAAUGUGAAGUCAGUAAUUCUUUUUUUUUUUUUUUUGUUCUCUCCAUCUGACAGGUACACUUAGGGGCUUUUAGAGAAUCUUACAAAUGUAUUGCAUUAAGUUACAAAUACAAAAUCUUUGGAGAAAAAAAUGCAAAAGUCAUCUUAGAUGUGUGCUUGAACGUCAGAUGUUUGUAUGAAUGUGUGCGCAGAAAACUGUGUGUGUACCAGGCACAUGGCCUGCUGUUACGUUCCACUCAGUAUGUUAUAUUUUGUCUGUUUUUAUCUUUUUGUUUUGUUGUUUUUCUGUCAAAAACUAUUCUGAUAAGACAUUGUUAUUAUCUUCUAACGUUGCACUGAGUGUCUUCUACCCCUCACUCAGCUAAUCGUAGAUAAACGAGUCUAAGUACGGAGGGGAGAUGGUGACAAUUCAUGUGUACAUGUUUACUCAAGGACUUAAUGGAUUUCUUUUUUUUUUUUUUUUUCAUUCUAUCUGUAAAAAGUUUAUCUACCUUAUAGUGGCUUUUAUUGUGGAAUAAUCCAGUACAAGGAUUAUCAUUGAGUAUUGCACCAUUUUGUUCCAAUUAUACAAAAAUGAGAAAAAAAAUCAAAAAAGAUAAAAGUACAAAAAAAAAAAAACUUUAAAAAUCUAAGAAAAAAAAUGGGAAAAAAAACAAAGAACUGUGGCCAUAGAUAGCUGUAGAAGGACUAGUAAUCCCUUAUGUUAACUUCAUGGAGAAAUGGAAAGGGAUAAAGUGUGGGAGGUGAGUUUGUUACAAGACUCAUUUCAGAGGUGCCUAUCUUUUCUGUUUUUUGUUGCAAAAGUCACCUGUCGUUUACAAGCAUUUCAUUUGUCUGAAGUUCAAGGAAAUAGGAUAGAAAUUUUUAACAGGAAUGUUUAAAAAAAAUGGACAAAUUUCAUCUUCCAUCAAAUAUGGACAUGAAAAACUUGCAAAAUGAAGAUUUAUGCUACUUUUAAGAACUCUGGGAUUGAUCAGUGUUGUGUCAUAUUUCAAGUUUUGAUUUCAGUGUCGACAGACUAUCUGUAUGUAUUUGAGUUGUGAUUUUAUGUUCUCUGUAAGCGACGCAGUUUGCUCACUAUCUUGCACACUCAAAAAGAAAAAAAAAAUGAUGUGGAUUAUGUCUCAGGAAGGCCAGGGUUCCAGAUACCAACUCCUUCAUUUCUAGGUUUAAAAUGUUCUUGUGAAAUAAAAGCAACUGAAAACAAUUAAAACUCCAAGCAAGCACUGAAGGUUAUGAGUUUAACAGAAUAUAGAGAGUACCAUUGUUUUUUUUGUUUUGUUUUUCUAAAACAAGUUCGUAGCAAGUUAUAUAUUUACCAAAUAAGACUGAGAAUCAACUUUGAAUAAAAGUGGAGUGCUUUACAUGUGAAAUCUAAGUAGAAAUCGCUUUACAUUUUAAAAACAACGAUCAAUGGUUUUGAUUGUCAAAAAGACAGUGACAGAAAAUGCAUUUGUAUGUUUUUUGUGCUUUCCAUUCUGUAGUUCAGGAGCAUUGUGCAAGAAAGUUAUGUUUGUUUUUUAAUCAUCUCUCCUGUCUGCUAACAUGUCUGUUCCUGUGACAGGUAUUCAAUAGUUAAGAAAUCUCUCAACAUGUAACAGAUGGUUGUCGGAGGCAGAUUCAAGUGGAGGAAUAAAGCUGGUUUUUAAAGGAUCAUGAUCUAUGCACAAGUGGGAGGGAAGAGUCCAAACCCAGCUGCUGUACUGCGGGCGUUUGUCGACUCACACUCUGGGGUUCAGGGUUCGAUGUAGGGUUGUUCUUGUUUUGUCUCUUGCUCAGAUUUCCUCCACUCUACUUUCUCCCCCUCCCCGUCCCCCCCGUCAUCAUUAUCAUCAUUGUCAUCAUCAUCAUCAUCAUCAUCAUAAUGUUUUAGCAAAACUUUACAUUGCGUCGCCAUGCUGUGUAAUCCUUAACCAAUGAGCGCUUAUCCUUCUGCUAAAGCACUGUGGGUUUUACUGAAAAAAAGAAAAAAAUAAGAAAAAAAAAAAAAAAAGCCCAUGACUUUCAAGGCUGUCUGUUUUUUAAAGGGGAGGAGGGUGGGUGGGGGAAUGGGGGUACUUUGCCUUUGCCUUUCUCUUUACUUUGAAAAAAAAACAUUAAGGAAAAUGUCUGUAACUGAAAUACAAAGUUGUGGCUUUUAAUGUUGUUCUUUUUCUCCUCAUAGAAUGUGAUUGUUAAGGACAUGCACCGGAAAAAAUGUUUCCACUGAUUGUGGAGCUUCUUUCGGACUAUAUUAAUAAAUUACAAAUUUUCUUGGCUGUUA